GGAAACAAAAGGCUGAGGUUGCCUCCAGGGCAGCAGAGCGGCCGCCUCACGGUCAGUUGCGGGGGGGGGUGUGACGCACUGGACUCCCCUUCCCCGCCUCUGCAUUUGGGGGAGGGCGGGCGCCCCCAGCCCUGGAGACCCCCGCUUUGCGGCCGGCUUCCCCUCCUGCCCCUCCGACGCCGGGCCUUUCAGAGGCGCCCUCGGGCUCCUCCUCCCCGGAGAGGAAGGCCGCGGGGCAGCGACCCCCACUCGCCUCCUGUUCCGCGCAGCCACUCGAGGGGCUCCUCUGAAAAGGCGGGGGAAAGCGCGCCCCCGAGGCUGCCGCCGCCGCCGCCGCCGCGUCCCUGGGAGGCUGUCCAGCGCAGAGGCCGGAGGAGGGGGGGGGCGGGGGCGGGCAGCAGGGCACGAGACCAGCGGCGGUCUCCGAAGGCAGCCGGGCGGGAACGAGGCUCGGGCGGCCUCACAGCGGCGCGUCCCGCGGGGGCGGCCGGACUUGGGGGCGGGGCCCGCCCCUUUUCGCCCCGCCCCCUGCCCCGCCCCUCGGGGAGACCGGCCGGACCACAAGUCCCGUCGUGCUUCGGGCGCUGGGGGGGGGGGGGGCGGCGGCCGGGGGGGCCCCGGAGCGGUCAGAAGGACCGGCCGGCCGGCGGGCAAGCUGGGCGAGGGGGAGGCUGGGCUGAGCCCCUGGGGCGCACGGCGUGGGCCAGCGGGAAGGGGGGCCAGCCUGGCCUCGCCUUGCAGGGCCGGGUCCCCCGUGGCCCCUCCUCACCUGCUGUGGCCACGCCCCCUCCAGUGCCCGCGGCCGGCGUGCCCCCCUCCCAGCGAGCCGCCGAUCUGCUCCCGGGCACGAGGAGGGCACAGGCGGCGGGCCGUGCCGUGGCCAUGCCUGGCGUGGGGCUCCGUGCCUGGCUGCUGGGGGGCCUGGCCCUGCUGGCUGCGGCCCCCCCGCCCCCCAACGUGGUGCUCAUCUUUGCUGACGACUUGGGCUUCGGGGACCUGGCCAGCUACGGGCACCCCACCUCCGUCACCCCCGCCUUGGACAAGAUGGCAGCGGGGGGCCUGCGCUUCACCAGCUUCUACAGCAGCAGCCCCGUCUGCAGCCCCUCCCGGGCAGGCCUGCUGACGGGGCGCUACCAGACGCGCUCUGGCAUCUACCCCGGCGUCUUUUACCCUGGCUCACGAGGAGGCCUCCCGUUGUCCGAGGUGACCGUGGCGGAAGUGCUGAAGACCCGGGGCUAUGCCACCGCCAUGGUGGGCAAGUGGCAUUUGGGCAUUGGGCCCAACGGAACCUUCCUGCCCACCCACCAGGGAUUUGACCACUACCUGGGGGUGCCUUACUCACAUGACCAGGGGCCCUGCCAGAACCUGACCUGCUUCCCCCCCAACACGCCGUGCUUUGGUACCUGCGACCAAGAUGUGGUGCUCGCCCCCCUGUUUUGGAACCUCAGCGUCGUGGAGCAGCCCGUCUCCUUCCCUGACCUGGGAGCACGCUACGUCACUUUUGCUGAAGACUUCAUCGCUUCCUGUGGCCGCCGCAACCAGCCCUUCUUCCUCUACUAUGCCUCCCACCACUCCCACUACCCCCAGUUUGCGAGCCAGGAAUACACGGGGCAGACCCCCCGGGGGCCCUUUGGAGAUGCCCUCUUGGAGCUGGACAGCUCCGUGGGGCAUCUCUUGCAAGCGCUGCAGGACAGCGGGGUAUACGACAGCACCCUGGUCUUCUUCACGUCUGACAACGGCCCAGAGACCAUGCGCAUGUCCCGCGGGGGCAGUUCGGGCCUCCUCAAGUGUGGCAAAGGAACGACCUACGAGGGUGGCGUGAGGGAACCUGCCCUGGCCUACUGGCCAGGUCGUGUUGCUCCAGGGGUGACCCAUGAGCUGGCCAGCACCUUGGACCUCCUGCCCACCCUGGCAGCCCUGGCGGGGGCUCCCCUCCCCAACGUCACCUUGGAUGGCUUCGACCUCAGCCCCAUCCUCUUUGGAAGCGGGACGAGCCCCCGCAAGACCAUGUUCUAUUAUCCGCCAGCUCCCAACUCGCAGCUCGGUGUCUUUGCAGUCCGCUAUGGCAAAUACAAAGCGCACUUCUACACGCAAGGUGCGUUCCAUAGUGGCACCACGCCUGACCACGACUGCUACGGGCUGACCCCCUUGGUGUUUCAUGACCCUCCGCUGCUCUACGACCUGGAAUCGGAUCCGGCUGAGAAUUACAACCUUCUCGAUGAAGCUCAGCUCAGGCCCGAAGUCCUGGCUGUCGUCAAGGAGAUGCGGCUGCGGAAAGCCACUUUCGACCAGCAGAUGAAGUUUGGGGAGAGCGAGAUGGGGCGGGGCAAGGACCCCUCCCUGGAGCCCUGCUGCUCCCCCCAGUGCACCUCCAGACCGUCCUGCUGCCGCUGUCCGUCUGGCUCUCACCCCACCUGACUCUCUCCUCCGCCCUCCUGCAAUCUACCUCUGGCUCUUUCGCUUAACCAAGUUGGGGGACGUUUAAACUCUGGUUGGCUUUUCAGAGAGGACCCCGUUGCUUCUGUUCUGCCCUGUGACGGGCCAAACUGGAAGCUCCUAGGGGCAGAGCCUCUCUUGCCCUCUCCUGGGGGCUGCUCGGAGGACACUGGGACACUGGGACACUGAUGGAGAUCUCAAAAACAAUCAGGCUGAAACUAUUCCUUCACUCUCCUGGGGGCCGGAGGGUAUUUGCCACACCCAGGAGAAGCCCUGAUGUCACAGGGUGAUGGGGAAUCCCCCCUCCCAUCGCAGGGCGUGCAGUUCCAAUCUGGUCUCCAGCAUCGUGGACCUGGCAGGAGGGUCACAACCUCCUGAGCCCUGAAGGCAGAAGGGAGCUGAGCGCCUUGACUGGCUCAGACCCAGAGGCGUAUCUAGGAAAAAUGUAGCCCAGUGCAAAAAUCUGAGUUCCCCCCACCCUCCGUAUGGGCGGCUGCCCUCUCCUACCAUGACCAAACAAUUUUUUUUGCACCAGAUUAUCUGGUGCAUCGGGGGGGGGGGGAGAGAAGGGGUGUGGGGGCGAUUUUGCAGCCUCCACAUGACUAAAUGGCCGCAGCCCGGGACUGUUGACCCAGAUGUCCCCUGAGCGGUACGCCUCUGCUCAGGCCCUGUCUCCUUGCACUGGCUAAGCCGUCCCUUGGGAAGCCCUGCUUGAACCUUUCCUGUGCAAAAGUGAGCGAAGGGGCUGAGCUUGGCCAAUGUAGUUGGCAACAAUAGCAAAGACUCCCCAGAUAUUCCCAGUUUAAGCUGACCUGCUUCUCUGGGCCAGAGUUGUCCAACCUCUCGAUGAAUUCUAGCCAGAGGUGGGAUCCAGCAGAUUCUCACAGGUUCCCGAGAGUAGGUUACUAAUUAUUAGUGUGUGCCAAGAGGGGGUUACUAAUGGGUGAUUUUGCCACGCGGUUUUGGCCUUAUUUACGCC